AUGUGGAAAGCCAUUCUUUUUUUCUCUUUGGUCUCCACUCUUCCUCAAGGCACUCACGUUUGGCUUUGUGAAGGGCUUGCAUUAGGGGUAGCAAAUCCCCCCAAGACUCUGGUCGACGAGUUGGACGCACAUGGAAGGUUCGACUUUGAAGUAAAGCCCGUAAAUUCCGAUCGAGAAGUGAAUUCAGCAUAUGCUCUGAAUGGCCGCUUGCCAAAACAAGAAAAUGAGGAAUUCGCCAAUAUUUGGGUGGAUCUGGAGUUCACAAAAAAAAAACUACAUGAAGCACAUGCAAACCCCAAGCAAAAAAGUCUACAAUAUGAUGCCUUAGAUGCUGAACGGAUUACUAGCCAUGACCUACAAAGAAUCACCCUCACGAAACGCCCGCGUUUAGUUGUGUUUACAACUGCAGGGUGCCGCCUCUCCGAAGAGGCCCUUCGUGAGGCUCAGAUUGCACAUUCGAUGAUACGGAAUCUUGGAGGGUUGACUAUUGUUUCUACGAUCGACAUAGUCAAGGAGCCGGGGCUAGCUUCCCUCCUGGGAAUCGAAUCCGCUCCCCACCUGUGCUUCUAUGCCGACGGUAGCUUGGAUAUCCUGCAUAGCGUACCAUAUAACGGUACGGAUAUAACGGCCAUAGAAAUCGCUCAUUGGGUCAUUAGCCUUGAAGACGCAACACUACAAAAGACAGCAGGUGGUCACACGGCUUCCAGCAAGGCAUCUACUAUAGGAUCUCCGGUGGGCCCUGUUGUGCACGCCUGUGUCCACAAUGGAAGCCCACGAGCUGAGCUUGUGUACCAGCUUUCAAGGAUGAGGACUCAGCUGCCAUCUAGGCUUACAUUGUUUAGCAUCCAGUAUGUAGACUCCUCCGAAGCAGAAGAGCUACGUGUCUACAGGAAGCAACUGCCCUUUGAUGUAGGAGAGGAGGAGUUCCUGAGUGCACAGGGGGCAGUGUGGGAGCCAACAGAAAUAAUGGCUCUGCUGCUUGAAGCAGAAAACCGAAAGGUCUUCUAUGGUGAAAGUCCACCCCAGGCGUUAUUAGGAACUCGCAAGCUUUUUACUGUUUACGCUAGUCAAUUUGAAAACCUGCAAGACAUCGCAUCGUUGCUUAUGGAAUUCCAACCAAGAUAUCAGGACCGCAUUGCUUUUCACAUAGCCAGCAGCUCGCUAAAAACGGCGGCACGUUCUGAAGUCAUAUUCAACCACACAUGGGGUGGUGCUAUCUUAUCAGAUCAAUAUGCAAACUUAUCAGGUCACCAGAGGAUAGCGCACGGUGUGCGGGAAGCAGUUCCAUCUGCUGAGUAUUCGUUGUCAAUGCCAUUUAAUUACCACAGUAUGAAGGCUUUUUUCGAAAAGUGGGAAAGAGGCCAGCGUAGGCUACACAUCCGGUCAAAUCGCUAUGAAUACUCUGAUAUGGGUAGCCCUGUUAUGGAACUCAAUUAUGUGCAGCUUCUUGACCUCUUGCACUCACCACGUACAGCCCCAUUAGGUAUUCUGUAUUACGAACCAGAGUCCUUAGAUUGUCAACACUACCUAAAGUUAUGGCAGACGGUAGCCAAGGACUUUACAAAUCAAGCGGGUGUGAAGGGUGAGAUCAUCUUCGGCCAAAUCAACGGGCUGCUGAAUGACAUACUUGUUUUUGACGUGAAGAAAAACAAACCAGCAAUCGCCGUUUAUCCACCAGGGUCAAGGUCUUUGAAGACGCAAGCCCUGUAUAAGGGUCCUCCUGUUGUAGAACUCCUGGAAGACUUUUUGUCCCUGCUAGCUGCAAAGCAAGGAGAGCUUUAA